GAUUGGUGAACAGUGUUGAGAGAGAGGGGGUCAGACAUCAGCCGCCACCAUGAGUACGGACGCAGAGAUGGCCAUAUAUGGCAAGGCUGCCAUUUACCUCCGGAAGCCAGAAAAGGAGAGAAUUGAGGCUCAGAGCAAACCUUUUGAUGCCAAGAGUGCCUGCUACGUGGCCGAUGCCAAGGAGCUGUACCUGAAGGGAACAAUCCUCAAGAAAGAUGGUGGCAAAGUCACUGUCAAGGUCUUGGACACUGAAGAGGAGAGGACAGUCAAAGAAGAUGACGUCUCUCCAAUGAACCCUCCCAAGUAUGACAAGAUUGAGGACAUGGCCAUGAUGACCCAUCUCAAUGAAGCCUCUGUGCUGUAUAACCUCAAAGAGCGUUAUGCAGCAUGGAUGAUCUACACCUACUCUGGGUUGUUCUGUGCCACUGUGAACCCCUACAAGUGGCUCCCAGUGUACGAUGCUGAAUGUGUGGCUGCCUACAGAGGCAAGAAGCGUAUGGAGGCUCCACCCCACAUCUUCUCUGUCUCUGACAACGCUUAUCAGUUCAUGCUUACUGAUAGGGAGAACCAGUCUGUCUUGAUCACUGGAGAAUCUGGUGCUGGAAAGACUGUGAACACCAAGCGUGUCAUCCAGUACUUUGCAACAAUCUCAGUUGGAGGUGGAGAUAAAAAGAGGGACAUGUCAAAGGUGUGUUAUUGUGGGUCACUGGAGGAUCAGAUUAUUGCAGCCAAUCCCCUGCUGGAGGCCUACGGUAACGCCAAAACUGUGAGGAAUGACAACUCCUCUCGUUUUGGUAAAUUCAUCAGAAUCCAUUUUGGCACAACUGGCAAACUGGCUAGUGCUGAUAUUGAGACAUAUCUGCUGGAGAAGUCUAGAGUGACAUUCCAGCUUCCUGAUGAAAGAGGCUACCACAUCUUCUACCAGAUGAUGACCAACCACAAGCCUGAGCUGAUUGAGUUGGCACUCAUCACAACCAACCCCUAUGACUUCCCCAUGUGUAGCCAGGGUCAGAUCACUGUGGCCAGCAUUGAUGACAAAGUUGAGCUGGAAGCCACUGAUCCUAUGGGCAUCUUCUCCAUCCUUGAAGAGGAGUGCAUGUUCCCCAAGGCCACAGACACAUCCUUCAAGAACAAGCUGUAUGACCAGCAUCUUGGCAAAAACAAAGCAUUUGAAAAGCCAAAGCCCGCCAAGGGCAAGGCUGAGGCCCACUUCUCUCUGGUGCACUAUGCUGGUAUUGUGGACUACAAUAUCAUUGGCUGGCUGGACAAGAACAAGGAUCCACUGAAUGAUUCCGUUGUGCAGCUGUACCAGAAAUCCUCAGUGAAACUGCUGCCUGUCCUGUAUCCUCCUGUCGUUGAAGAGAGUGGUGGUGGCAAGAAGGGAGGCAAGAAGAAGGGUGGUUCUAUGCAAACUGUGUCUUCACAGUUUAGAGAGAACUUGGGCAAGCUGAUGACUAACUUGAGGAGCACCCAUCCUCACUUUGUGCGCUGCCUGAUUCCCAAUGAGUCAAAGACUCCAGGUACAUAG